AUGAAUUCAACAUCUCUUUUUAUCCCCGUUUGCUUUUCUCCUCCUCCUCCUCCUCUCCCCGAUAUCAUUUGGGAACAAGAAUUUUUUUUUGACGGAGGGAGGCGGCAGAAAGGGGCAAAGGAAUAUUCUCCAGUCUUAUCCAGACUUUUCCAGUCUUCUCCAGAAUUUUCUCCAGAAUUCUCCAGUUUUCUCCAGGAUAUUUUUAGACUUCUCUAG